CUGCAUAUUCUUUGUUAUUCUGACCAGUUUUCAUUUUGUUGAAACGCAUUGUCAAAACGACAAUAUGUUUGUAUUAGAAAUGUAGGAGCAUUGUUGUCAGUAGAGAACAGGACAAAAGUGUUCAUUUAACAUAGCAAAUAAUUAGAAAUAGUAUAACCAUUGUGCUUGCGGUUAAUAUGACUUUUGUUUGAAGUCAGCGUACAUAAUUUGAAAGUUACAACCGGAAGCAGUAGACUCGGCUGCCCUCCUGUGGUUUUCUGGUCUCCGUACAGUUUCGGGCAGACUUCUACAGACUUGACUUCACCAGACUUCAGCAUGCCUUUUGUCGACAUUCAGAGUAACCUACCGGCCAGCUCCUUCUCGGAGGAGUUUCUGAAGAAGCUGUGCUCCUGCACCGCUGCUGCUCUGGGGAAGCCGGAGGAGAGGAUGCACCUGGUGGUGCAGCCCGGGUUGCCGAUGAUGGUAGCCGGCUCCUGCUCUCCGUGUGUGAUUCUGUCAGUGUCUGCUAUCGGCGUGACCGACACCGCUGACAAAAACAAGGAGCACAGCGCCAAGAUCUUCGAGUUCCUGACCAGAGAGCUCAGUCUGACUGCAGACAGGAUUACCCUUAAAUUCCACACGCUGCAGCCUCACCAGGUGGGCAAGAAGGGGACCGUCAUGAGCUUCUUGUAAAAGACGUUGCUGGGAUGGAGACAUUACACAAAGUGAUCCUGAAAGAAGGAAAGACAGAGUAAAUCAGUAUAAAACAAACACGUAAAGUAACAAGUAAAGAUAGUCAUAUGAAGGUCAGGUACUGUAUUCAUGUAAUACCCAGGCACACUGUCCAUGGUCCAUGCAUUAAAAUGUGAUGCUGAUUGCUUCUAUUUUAAUAAUUAAAAGACUUGCUGCUUUUGUUACUAUGCCUGUGCUUAAGCCCAAAGUUAAAUACUAUACAAUAAACAUACACCAAGUGUU